AUGAGGACAUUGUGUAACAGCCACAUUCUUGCCAAAGGCCCUAGACUUCUACAGGCGGCACUGCUGAAGGUGGCCAUCUGUGAGCUUGGUUCCAGUUUAACCAGCCUUGACUUGCUCCGUGGUGACAUGCAUCUGCUGAGUCGGACGAUCGGCGUGUUAAGCUCGGGGCUGACUGCUGGGCCACGCUUGAAAGCCGCUUGGCAUGUGCUGGUGCCUGCAUUUUUCACCCUUGACUGGAAGCAUAUGCUCGGCACAAUCGAGACAGUGUUAGCGUGUGGGUCCCAGGCAGCUUCCUACACAUCUGGCAGUGCUUGGCCCUCCUUCCAGUUUCAUCAGCCGCCCCUCCCCGCCCCCCCAACCCCCAUGCCCCCCCCCUCCUCGUGCCCCCUCAUCACCGCUCUGCGCCAGGCUGCUGGUGACGUGAUUAAGUCGGCCGUGGAUGAAGGGAUGGUGAAAAAAUUGUUUGACAACCCCAUACUUGGUCCAGCCAAAGUGUGUGACCGGUGGAAAGCCUUCGAGGCCGGGGGCCGUGGGCUGAGGGCGGGGGCCGGAGGAUUCUUACGUCGACUCUGCUUUAGGGGAAAUACUGUUCAGCAGAUCGAGCUGUUCGUCUGUCACGAUGUGCUGAGUUGUUGGAUGUUACUGGUCAGACCAGUGGGAGAGGAGGGAGAGUGUGAGAGAAGUACAGACAGUCCGGGCCAAAGCAGGGGUCAGGCCGAGGGCCGAGCGGAGGGAGAGUGUGGUCAUAUCUGUGCCCUGCUGUCCCUGCUCCGCACAGAGGCAGAUCUGAGGAUGACCGCAGUCUCUGCGCCGUUCACACAGGCUAUCUGCUGCACCCUGGUGAACUGUAACUGUGAUGGUUUUAAACCUGGAAAACUGAAGAGACGGCAGUGCGAGCACUGUAAACAUGGCUGGGUGGCUCACGCACUGAGCAAACUGCGGGUGCAUCACCUGUACCAGGGCAGUCAGGUGGAGAUCGUCCACUCCAACGUGGUGUUCGACAUCUGCAGUCUGAUGUUGUAUGGGACACAGGCCAUACCAGUACGACUCAAAAUUCUUUUAGACCGGCUCUUUAGCGUCCUCAAACAGGAAGAGGUUAUUCAGAUCCUCAACGCACUGGACUGGACCCUGCAGGACUACAUCCGUGGCUACGUUCUGCAGGAUGUGGCUGGCAAAGUACUGGACCGCUGGGUGAUUAUGACCUUUGAAGAGGAGAUUGCUACGCUGCAGCAGUUCCUCCGGUUCGGGGAGACCAAGUCUAUCGUGGAGCUCAUGGCCCUGCAGGACAAAGAGGGGCAGGCGGUCAUCGUGCCCAGCACCAGGACCAACUCCGACAUUCGGACGUUCAUCGAGAGCUGCACCCAGCGCGGUGCCAGUCUGCCCACCAAGGCUGAGAAGCUGAGCACCAGUAACGUGCACCACUUUGAGAACUUCGUCAACAGUAUGGCCUUCAUGCUGCCGUACCAGCUGCUGAACUCUGUCCCCGCGCCGCUCCUGGGCUCGCACCCAGAGUCCCUCCCGUUGGAGGUACCGCAGAGACACAGCAGCCUGCUGGGGUCCAGCUCCGCCUCCUUCACCUCAGACCUGGAGAGGAACGACAACACGUUGGAUGGCAGCGUCACGAAAAUGGAGGCCGAGGACUUUCCCAUGAGCGAUAACUGUUCGGACGGUCCCUCCACGCCUUGCACGCCAUCCAUCAGCUCUGACAUCACGCAGAUGUCCCCCGACACCAAGAUGAGGUCCCUGGAGAAGAACGGCGGCAGCCUCAAAAAGGGCCGAGUGUUCUGCACCGCCUGUGAGAAAACCUUCUACGACAAAGGUACGCUAAAGAUCCACUACAACGCUGUCCACCUGAAGAUCAAGCACAAGUGCACGAUCGAAGGCUGUAACAUGGUCUUCAGUUCUUUACGCAGUCGGAACCGCCACAGCGCAAACCCGAACCCGCGGCUACACAUGCCAAUGAACCGCAACAACCGGGACAAGGACCUCAGGACCAGCCUGUCUCCACAUGAGGGCAAAGAUGGAGACAAGCAUACCGAGUUUGGAGCGAUGGGCUCCAGCGAAACCAGGUCAGUUCCCAACUAUAUCAUUAAUAACAGUGACUCCAAGUUGCAGAGCAACUUCCCUAGCAUAAGCCAAAGUGGGAUCCUCUUCCCAAACCUCAAGACAGUUCAGCCAGUGCUUCCCUUCUACCGCAGCCUGGUCACCCCGGCAGAACUGGCCAACACUCCGGGAAACCUCCCUUCCCUGCCACUCGUCUCCUCCUCCGUCCCAGGAAACCCACCGGUCAUGGAUGCCUCAUCAGAGCCAGCGCCAAAGAAGAAGUCCCGUAAGUCCAGCAUGCCCAUCAAGAUAGAGAAGGAGGCCGUGCAGAGCGUGGAGGAGCUGGCCGAUGACUCGGGCUCCGAGGACGAGGCGCACCUGGCGGGCGCAGAGAAGAGCCGCUGCGACGCCGACGCCCAGGUAGGCGUGAAAGCCGCAGCUCCAGGGUGUGAGGAGCACAUGCCCGUUCACUCCGCGGACAGGGAGAACGUCUCCUCCACGCUCAAACGGCUGUUUGACUCCUCCAGUGCAAAUGCAGAGCAGUACUUCGGCAGUCAGGAGGAGGACAGGCAGGAGCAAGGGCAGGGACGUGGACACGAAGGCAGCGUGAUCACAACCAGCUCUCCGUCUGACACCAAACAGAGAGACGUUCACAGUAUCACCAGGGGGUCAGCACAACACGAGAGCGACGCCUUUGUUAGCAAACCGUCGGCUGACAAGCCGUGCAGUGAUGUGUAUGAGGAAGGUGACCACAGAGCGGCCAACGGCACGUCAUUCAGAAAACCUGCCGGCGAGAGGGAAGCCUCAGAGAUCUGCCUAGAUAACUACAGUGAUCAUCAUAUUCAGAUGGACCCUCAGGCAGUCAGCUCCGGUGACAAAGAUGACAUGCCCCAUCACUGUGAGAUCUGCAGUAAAACGUUCAAGAACCCCUACAGUGUGAAAAUGCAUUACCGCAACGUACACCUGAAGGAGAUGCACAUGUGCACGGUGGAGGGUUGUAACGCGGCUUUUCCCUCCAGAAGGAGCAGAGACAGGCACAGUGCAAAUCUGAACCUUCACCACAAGCUGUUGACCAAAGAUCACUUUGGAGCGUCAAGCACAAUCUAUUCCUCCUCCUCUCUUUGCAGAGACAUUGCCAGUGACUUUCGGCAUGACUUUCUCCCCAAAGAGUCCACGGCACAGACGUCCGUGAUCUUUAAAGGAAAUAACCGAAUGGGUCUUGUCUUCCCCAUGAGUAAGGCAGCGACGGAGAGCUCCGACGGCCCGGUGGGAGUGCAGGGGGAGGAUGAGGCCGUGCUGGACCUCAGCACCACCUCCGUGUCCCGCUCAGGGGGCAGCGGCCACUCCUCCUGGGACUCGGACGGGGGCAGCGAGGAAGGGCUCCCCCUGGGGGACAGUGAUGAGAGCUGCGACGGGCUGAGCCUCGUGUCGGGGGAAGGUCCGACCCAGGAGAGCGGGGAGAAGUCCCCGGGCUGCCUCGGCCAGCAGAUCCAGGGCGGUUCCCCCAUCACCUGCCACGUCUGCCACAAGGUUUAUAGCAACAAAGGCACGUUCAGGGCUCAUUACAAAACCGUUCACCUCCGCCUGCUUCACAAGUGCAAGGUACCAGGAUGUGAAACCACGUUCUCCUCCGUCAGAAGUCGGAACAGACACAGUCAGAACCCAAACCUACACCGGAACCUUGCCGCCAGCACAGCCCUCGGCCAGGAGUAG